CCGACUUUGAAGGUAGUGGUGAACACACGCUUAGGCGAAAAUUUCUAGGCGAGUACUGAUACCAGCAGCGCUUAGUCAGUUCGUUUGAGAUCUCCAAACUUUAGUUUUAUACCCGUAAUCAUGCAGUCUAUGAUUAUUCUUGCCGCUUCCUUCUGCCUCGCGCAAGCAUCCUUCUACCCAGGCCCACCAGCACACAUUCAACUCAGUCCUGAUGGCAAAUACGUGCUCGACACACCUGAAGUAGCACACGCGAAGGCUUCUCACCUGGCUGCGCAUGCGCAAGCCUCCUCCGCUCACGGUGCCUGGGCUCCCGCUGGCGCUGCUUACAUCGCUGGACCAGCUUACGGCGAAGGUGGUCACUACGGUGCCCCUGGUGCUGGACUUCACAAAUACGGACCCGCUCCCCUCGCUCAUGACGGUCGCGUCGUUGACACUCCCGAGGUUGCCCACCUGAAGGCUGCUCACAUCGCUGCUCACUCUGCAGAGGCAGCUAAAGCUGCUCACGGUGGAUACGCUGGUGCUGGAGCUGGAUUAGGCGCUGGUUACGGAGCUGGAUACGGUGCUGCUGCCUACGGUGCAGGUUACGCUGGUGGAUACGGCAAGUGGAGCGGCCCUCAGGCUCAUAUCCAGCUGACCCACGACGGUCAAUACGUAGUUGAUACCCCCGAGGUACAACACGCACGCGCUGCUCACUUCCACCAGUUCGCUGCUGCAGCGCAAGCUGCCGCUUCCGCACCCGAAGAUCACUGGGAAGGCCACGGUGCCCACGGCUGGCACUGAUUUCUACCUCUGACCCGGCCCACGCAAUGCCUUAUGCUAUUUUUAUACAAAACCUUCAUAAAAAGCCAAAAAAAAAAUGUUAAAGUACUGUAUAAAGUUGAAUGACUUGUGUAUAGCGAUGCUAGAGCGAUUUUAUACUUAAAAAUAUAAAAAUCUUUAAAUGUUACAA